UCGUCCGCGUUUGUUACGGUUUCACCUCGCUGUUGUGGCUCGCGACAGGUGCUUCCGUCGUAAAUUUACGCUACGUGUUGAAGAAGCGAAACAGCAUUCGUGCAAUAGCGGAAGGACUGGGUUUCCUUGAUACGCAUAAGUCCUAGUCAGCUUCAUUUACAGUGCAUGUGAAGCUCGGAACAAGUUCGCGGGCGAAAUCGUGUCUUCAACUUGCGCCCGACUUUGAUGGGCAUUAUUGGUCCAGUAUUUUUUUUGUGAUGGAGACCGAUGUUCGGGACACACAGAAAAAUGAAUCUAAAAACGUGUUGCCAAUGACGGUGAUGAGCCUGGACCCGCCGCGGAGGGAGCCGACGCCCCAGUAUCUCACCGAGCGGGAUGCCUGCCUCAAGUACUUUGAAAAAUGGAGCGAACAAGACCAGGUCGAGUUCGUGGAAUACCUGCUCUCACAAAUGUGCCACUACCAGCACAACAACAUCGACACGUUUCUCAAGCCCAUGUUGCAGCGGGACUUCAUUUCGCUACUGCCAGACAAGGGCCUGGACCACGUGGCCGAGAGCAUCCUCUCGUACCUGGACGACCGGUCGCUGUGCGCCGCCGAGCUAGUCUGCAAGGAGUGGAAGCGGGUCAUCAGCGACGGCAUGCUCUGGAAGAAGCUCAUCGAGAAGAAAGUGCGCACCGACCCGCUCUGGAAGGGCCUGGCCGAGCGGCGAGGAUGGGGGCAAUACUUAGGGAAACCAAAACCCGGCCAAGCACUUCCAGAUCAUCAGAAAUAUAGGAAACUAUACCCCAAAAUAAUUAAAGACAUUGAGAGUAUAGAAAACAACUGGAGGACGGGCAAGCACAACCUGCAGCGGAUAAACUGUCGUUCGGAGACGUCCAAGGGCGUCUACUGCCUGCAGUACGACGACAAGAAGAUCGUCUCUGGCCUGCGGGACAACACCAUCAAGAUGUGGGACCGCGACUCGCUGCAGUGCACCAAGCAAGUGCUCACCGGCCACACGGGCUCGGUGCUCUGCCUGCAAUACGACGACAAGGUGAUCAUCAGCGGCUCCUCGGACGCCACCGUGCGCGUCUGGGACGUCAACUCGGGCGAGCUGGUCAACACGCUGAUCCACCACUGCGAGGCCGUGCUCCACCUCCGCUUCGCGCACGGCAUGAUGGUCACCUGCUCCAAGGACCGCUCCAUCGCCGUCUGGGACAUGGUCUCGCCGACCGAGAUCAACCUGCACCGCGUGCUGGUCGGCCACCGCGCCGCCGUCAACGUCGUCGACUUCGACGAGAAGUACAUCGUCAGCGCGUCGGGCGACCGCACCAUCAAGGUGUGGAACACGUCCACGUGCGAGUUCGUGCGGACGCUGUCGGGCCACAAGAGGGGCAUCGCCUGCCUGCAGUACCGCGACCGGCUGGUGGUCAGCGGCAGCUCGGACAACACCAUCAGGCUAUGGGACAUUGAGUUCGGUGACUGCCUGCGCGUGCUGGAGGGCCACGACGAGCUGGUGCGCUGCAUCCGGUUCGAUUCGAAGCGGAUUGUCAGCGGCGCGUACGACGGGAAAAUCAAGGUGUGGGACCUGCAAGCGGCGCUGAAUCCGCGCAGCCCUGUCGGCUCGCUCUGCCUCCGUACUCUGGUGGAACACACGGGCAGGGUGUUCCGUCUGCAGUUCGACGAGUUCCAGAUCGUCAGCAGCUCGCACGACGACAGCAUUCUGAUCUGGGACUUCCUCAACUACACCCCGCCGACUGCGUCCGGCAGCCAGGAGAUGGAGGCCGACGGCGGCGACGAGGGCGCCGCCGGCCUGCAGCGCGCCGUCCGCACCACACCCCUUGACCCCAACAGGUACCGCAACCAAGAGGGCGACGACGAGCUGAUGUGAGCACUCUGCGCUCGGAUAGAUCUAGAAGACAUUUUAACCUGGUUUAUGUUACGUGGCGCGCCCGGACGGACAGCUGUGUGGUCGGGCGGUCGGCAGGCCAGACGAGCGGCCCGCCUGCAGUGAUGCGCCGCAGUGGCCGGCGCGCGGCUCGCAGGGAUGCGGGCGCGCCGUCCGCGCCGCCGGGCGUCGGAG